AUGGAAUUUGUCAAAAACAAUAGAAGAGCUGAACUUCAGCCCAUAGUUGAAUCAGUGCAAGAACGAAUACCAUUGAAUCCGGUGAUUUCAGAGUCAGAAUCAGUCCUGAAAAAGGACGGUUUGAUUAGCGUUUUCAAUUCGCUUCAAAGCUCAGAUCCAUCCGAAGUGUUUAACAAAGGAGAAUAUAAACUGGCAAAAGGACUUCUAAUAGGAAUAGCGCUUGCCGCCAAUAUAGGUGGUAUCGGUACUAUAAUUGGGAAUACAUCAAAUCUUGUUCUCAUGGGGCAAAUUAGGGAGAUUUUCCCCCGUGCCGACACUGGUAUUAAUUUUAUAUCAUGGAUGGUAUUUGCUGUACCAAUUGUUAUUAUUUGUACAUUAGCAGCCUGGCUAACACUAGUUGUUAUUUAUUUACGAAAGGGCCCUAAAGGUGGUUUAAUUAUUAGAGCAAAAAUGCUUGAAAAAUACAACGAAUUACCGUCACUCACAUUUGCGGAGGGAUCCGUUUCGAUUUGCUUUCUUCUAUUAUUUUUGCUGUGGAUUACUCGAGAUUUGCAAUUUAUUAAAGGAUUUAGUGCAUAUUUUAAAAAAGGUUAUGUAACGGAUGCUACGAGUGCGAUGCUUAUUACAGUAUUACUUUUUGCUCUUCCAGAAAAAAGGCCAAACUUUUCCGAAAUGAGACGAAAUAAAGCUGAGAAAAAAGCAAGUCAAAGUUUAUUAGAUUGGAAAACAGUGCAGGCAAAAUUUCCGUGGAGCGUAGUUUUACUUCUCGGAGGUGGUUUUGCUAUGGCAGCUGGUGUACAGGAAUCGAAUCUAAGCUAUAAAAUUGGCGAAGUUUUAGAACAUUUACAAAUAUUUCCUACAAAUAUUAUCAUGAUGAUAUGUAUAUUUAUCACUGUGUUCAUAACAAAUAUAUGCAGUAAUACGGUAACAGCGUCCAUAUUUAUUCCAAUUUUCGCUGGUCUUGCUAAAUCCUUGGAAAUUCAUCCAAUGUAUUUAAUGAUUCCUGUGACCAUUGCAUCCUCACUGGCAUUCACACUGCCUUUAAUCAACAUAAUAAAUAAGUCUUUAGCGAAAAAGAUUCGCAGAUUUCUAAAUAUAAAAAGGAGCUAUUUAUUUGAACUAAAUCGAUUUCCACUAUGGGCUUACACACCGACCGAACUAAUUCUUCACAAUCAAACAUUUUUCGAUCUUUUUAUUAAUGCAACAAACAUUUAA